GUUACUAUAACUACUAAGUUAGCAGCUAAGCUGAGAGAGGCUGAGGUGAAGGUUUGGAGCUUUAUUCUUGGUCAGAGAAACACUAGAGGAGGACAGGUUCAAUGUCAGCAAAAAUACUCCACACUGGGGCUUCUGUUACACCAGCUGAACAGGACAGAGGUUCUGAGCAGAAGUCAGAUGGAGCUCCUCUGUCCUCCUCUUUCACUGCCUCCGGUGAGGAGGCUGACAGGGAGAAACGUGAAGAAGCAGAAAAUGCUCCUGUGGUGGGAUCAUGUCCAGUUUCUUCAUCCGAAGCAGUCAAUCACGGUGGUGUCCAGCAGGAGGCGCUGAAUUCACGCCUCAACAAAUGCAGCUGCCACAACCUAAAAACCCACAGAUCACCUCAGGAGCAGGAGCAGCUUUUACAGCUUCAGCUACAGCAGAUGCAGAAGGUUCUUCACGAGCAGAACACACUGCUGUCCUUCUUGGGUCCAGGACUGAAGUUAUCCCCCGAUUUCUUGACUCAGGACAAUGGCUAUUCACCUGCAAAUGAGACUAAUCUGGCCAUUCAAACAGACAGUCUGCUAAAUUCCAGGAAGGACUCCUCCAACACUGUGCUUAAUAGAAUUCGACUGGAGUCUGAAGAACCAGCCUGUGCUUCUCAGCCAACACCGCAAUCUGAUUGCAUUCCUCCAAAGCCUGUUGGCAUAGAGCAGCGACGCUUAUCUCCUGUUGAAGAGGAGAACCCAGAGUAUGUGGAGGAAGAAUGCUCUAUCAGCCCCUUUGGAGUGAGGAGAAAGCUGCCAGCAGACCCAGAAGAAAGGCCCAUUCGUCCAGGACUGAAAGAGCAAGAGAAAACGUUUGAAGAUCUUGUUGAAGAACAGCUCAAAGUGGAUAAAGAGGUUCAAAGACCUGAUAAGCAGAUCACAACAGGGGUCACAGUGACUGAGAAAAGGAACUUCCUUCGUAAAGGGGAUGGCACAUCUAGAAUCGGGAAGAGCAAGGACAUCAUACAGAAGAUUCAGCCUGUAUCCUGUAGCCAGCAGGCCAAGAACAUGAACUCUGCCCAGCAGCAAAGACAUUCGGCCUCCUUGCUGCAGCACAGUGACAAAGAUAUUUGGAUGAGUUGCGGCCUUUACACUAAACACAGAUGUCUAGCAUCACAGGAUUCACUGAGAAAGGCAAAAGAUGAAGGCACAUACUUCAGUGAUCAGAGAUCUUCAGUGGACAGGCCUUUGAAUAGUGGUGUUCCUCCAUGUGACAUCCAGAAACAAUGGCCUGGUAAUUUCAAUAGAUCAAGUAAUAGAAAUCAGUCUCCAUUUCUCUGUCAUGCUUUGACUCAAGAUGAGAGCAGCUCCUCACAAAAAAGUGAAGGACUUGCAAAAGAACCAAAGAGAAGUAGCGAGUUCCAAAAUGAAAGGCUCAGACAAAGCUAUGCUAAACAUUCUGAUAGUAAGGGAGACCUCAAAGCUAGGCCACACGAAGAAAGAGUUAGCUUUAAAAAGAUAAAUGACCACAUUGUCAGAGUGGGUGAAAGAAGAGGUCUUUCACCCAACAUUCUGGAUGGUCACACUGUCAGUGCAGAACCAAGCCUAACUACUGAAGUAAUGCAAUUACUUGACAGCAAUUCUGGUGGUAGCACUAGUUCUGAAGAUGAUUCUGAGUCACACAAACUUCCAGGGCCUCCUAAUAUAUCAAGACUGAACUGCAACAAUCAGAAUCUGGAUUUGUCUGAUGAGGACUAUGCCAGUGAUGCUCCUAGUGAGACUGGGGACUGUCCAACGAACGGAAUAAAAGCUCUUUGCUGCCUCUCUGCACAGUUUUCCAGCUCAUCUGAGGAGGCCAGUGACUCUGAACUCCAGUGCUUACGCUGGUUCGAGACUGAGAAAGUCAAGGAAAUUGCAAAAAGAAGUGUUCUGCCAGAAUGUAAAAGGGAAACAGGGAGGAACAGUGACUCUAGAAUACUCUGCAAUUCAAACCUCCUCACUACGAUCUUCCCUCAGAUCAAGUCUCCCAGAAAAGACAAUGCUGAAGACAGAGGGUUUAAUACUCAACAAUCUACAAAUGGUAGAGAACCACCGAAGAAAGUUCAGGGAAACAGUGGUUUGGAAAUCAGAGCUGCAGCAAGCAAUUACUUCAUGCUGGACAAGAUGAAAACAGAGCAGGACAAAGCCCUGACUUUCAUCAGAGCUAAAAUGGAUCAGUUUGCUAAUAAUUGCACCCCAAGAUCCUUACCACGCCCACCUGAUGAAGGCACUAUGGACAUUUACAAAGCUCAGGACCUCAGACAGCAGAUUCAGUCUAUAAAAGCGCAGCUGAAAGAACGGGAAUGCGAGUGGUGGCAGGUUCACAGCAAGCUGCAAAGUCGUGUGGAUGCCCUCACCAGAGAAAACAAGCUGCUGCUGAGCCAUAUUAAUCCAUCUGAACAUAAGAGACCAAACCACAGCCCUGGCAGGUCCACCCCUCACCCAGGAACCCCAAGCAUGAGUGCAGAAUGCAGGAAGGUUGCUGCUCAUGCUGGAUCAGUUCCCUACAGAAGGAGCUCCACGCCUGCUGUCAGCUCAAGGAAGGAGGCAACAGCAGAGAACAUGACCAAUGGAAACUCCAUUAUUAAUGGUCAAGAGAAGAAUGAGAGGAAAAAUCGUUCUAUAAGAAGGGACUCCUCAAAUUCAAGGGCGUCCACAGCCUCUCAUAGCCCAGCUGAGAGUGAUACAGUUCCAUCCAGUAAUUAUGGAGGAAAGGGCUUGUGCCGGCCUGCAGAGAGACAGAUUGGGGUCAAAGGUGACUGGAGUAAGAGUUCUAUGCCCGAAAGUAUACACAGUACUUCAACAGGAAAAACUACAUCUUCUGAGUCAGAGCAUGGAUCUGCAGACAUGAUGGAGGCAGGUUUAUUAGAUCCUGAGUCGAAGAGCUGUUACACCCGAGAAGCUGUCGAAAGCAGUAAAGCUGUGGUCAGAGAAGAGAUACGAUAUCCAGAUGGUAAGAUAGAACAGCUUCUCUCAGAUGGUUCACGUGCCAUUGUUUUCCGGAAUGGAACUAAAAAGGAAAUUGGAGUGGAUCAGAGAUCUGUCACAGUAACGUUCUUUAAUGGAGAUGUUAAGCGCACACUGCCUGAUGGGACAGUGGUGUAUUUUUACUCUGAUGCUCAAACAACUCACUCCACUUACCCCUCUGGUUUGGAGAUUUUGCAGUUUCCAAACAACCAGAAAGAGAAGCAUUAUCCUGAUGGUAGGAGGGAGAUAUUUUUCCCCGAUGGGACUGUAAAGAACCUGUACCCUGAUGGCCGGCAGGAAAGCGUAUUCCAAGAUGGAACUGUUGUCAAGUUGUCGAAAAACGGGGAGAAAACAGUGGAGUUUCCCAAUGGCCAACGAGAGAUCCACACCCCCCAGUACAAGCAGAGGGUGUACCCUGAUGGCACUGUUAAGACUGUUUUUCUAAAUGGGAGGCAGGAGACAAAAUACUCAUCUGGACGAGUUUGUCUUAAGAACAAUGAAAGAGUCAUUAUAACAGACAAAAAGUGAAGUACCAAAACUGGAAAUACCGUUGAAAUAUGCAGGAACUGACCAUUUUAUUAAAUGUGGUUUGCAGUGUGUGUUAAAUCAGAAUAAAAGAAGUGCUUACAUUGUUUCAUAGACACAUGAUU